AUGUCCUACAACAUGAUCGCCGAGCUGGGGGACUGGAAGGUUCACCGCUUCCUCCGGGAGCUGAACCUUCGCGGCAACUUCAUCAGCGGCAUCGGCUUCGGGCUCACGGGCAGCAAGGAGCUCCGGCUGCUGGACCUCUCGGAGAACUUCAUCCUGGAGCUGCAGAACUUGGACGACCUGGAGCUGCGGACCCUGAGCUUGGCACAGAACAAGCUCAGCUCCCUUGAAGGCGUGCAGCGGCUCUCCAAGCUACAUUCCCUGGACGUUCGCCACAAUCACAUCACCUCAGCUACUCUCCGUGCUGAGGACAUCCCUCGGCUACGCAAGCUGCGCUUGUCCGAAAAUCGGAUUUCGCACAUGAGGGAAGUAGACCAGCUGGCAAGCUUCCAAUUCUUGAGUGAGCUUUACCUGGAGCCGAAUCCAAUGUCCCAAUUGCCUGAGUACCGCGCCCAAGUGCUUCACAGACUGCCCCGCCUCCGGCAACUGGAUGACCAGCAGGUCACACCAGAAGAGCGUGUAAAGACGGAUGUCAUUUUUGGUGCAGAUGUCGAGACACGUCGGGACAUCUUUGAGCAGCUCUUGCCGGAAGAGACUUUUGUGGACAGACGGCUGAUGACACAGGAGCUCAUCGCUCAGCUGGAAGUGGAGCAGUUUGGCUGCAUCGGCGAUGCGGGGCCGUUUGGCGCGGACAUGGCGGAGCCCACCUUUGGCAACCCGCCCAGGACCAAGCUGCAAAACGCGAAGUUUCGGCAGCGCAUAGAGCUCACCCGCAGGGGCGGAUGUCCCGAGGGAGUGGCCAACUUCUCCACCUUCCCAGCCUUGUUCCACUCGACUGCUGCAUACGAUGAAGAUUUGCAAGAGAUCAUCGAGGCACUGGCAGAAGGUGGCUGCGAGGAACUGUGGUUGGGAGCAGCUGAGAUCAGUCCUACAGGAAUUCGUGAGAUCAUUGCCUUCCUCCAAGACUCCCCGUCUCGCCUUUGUCACAUCAACUUGUCCGGCUGCAAUUCAGCAGCACUUCUUGGGGCAGAACUGCUCAAGUCCUUCCCUCUAGAUCGAGGGUGCAGCAUUGAGCUUGAAAACUGCGGCCUCGCAGAUUCCACUGUGGCACGCCUGAGGAACAAGAGUGAGGCCGCCAGCCGUGCCCUGACGGGAGCUGCAACCGAGCGACGCCGUUCUGCGCAGCGGGUGGCUGAGCAGCUGGAGAUGCAGGAGUACUUGGAGGAUCGGGCGGCGCUGCUUUGUCCCAGGGAAGCGCCGCCACCAGCUCCUCCACGGGCGUGUCACCCACUCCAAUGGCGUCCUGGAGCGGAACCACAGAAAGCCCUGGAAGGCUUCCUGAAAGCCAACCCGAACAAGUUGGUGGAGAACGGUGCUACGUGGGCGAUGAGCAACCGCAAGGGCGGCAAGGUCCAGCUGAGCAGCGAUGACUUCUACAACCUUUGCCAGAAGCUGGAUGACAUAUUGGUCGAGUGGGGUUGCGAGCCGGGCGAAUUGCUUGGAGGGCGUCCUUUGCCUGCAGCCUUUGCGAGUGCCUUCGGCAACAACCCGCGCCGCAGCCCGAAGCUCCUUGGCUUCAUGCUGUGGGAGGGCAUUGUGCCCAGCCCAGCGGUCAAGGACUUGUGCAGGGAGCAGCACGAAUGGGAGGCAGCCUGGGCAGAUGAGCAGCAGCGCAUGAAGCAACUGUCAGCGAAGGCGACGGAAGAGCACGAUUCCGGGGAUUCCUCCCCGGGAGUGGCCAGCGGGCAGCUGAUGGCGCACCUGAGCUACUUGGCUCAGUCGACUGAGCUGAAGCCGCCGUCCUUCUUCGGCUUUAAGAAGGUUGCAGAGGAUGAGCGUCCUGCGCCACGGCAUGGCGAGGAUUUGCACGCAGCUCUCUCUGCUGGAGCAGUCCUCCUUGAGGAGGUGACUGCCAAUGGCACGGGCGUGGGCAACCUGAAAGUCACUCUGAGGUCUUUAUCAGAGGAGCCUUUGGAGAUACUACUUCGAAGAGGAACCAUCUUUCAGCAGAAGACUUGGAAUCACAGGCAGGACUUGAUCACCGGAGUCGACUAUUUGGUAAAGCUGGUUCCUGGGAAGAGUGCUACAAUCGAAGCGCUCGGGCUCUCGCUCUCAACAUCGUGUGCAGCCCCUUGUGGUGACGAGAUGAACCUCACGGCCUUUUACUUCGACAAUGACAAGGUCUUGGCCGGCCAGGCGUUGAUCUGGGACCACUUCCAGGCAUUCAAGUGA